AUGGAACAGGACCGAGACCGGUAGAGGACGCACCACCCGGAAACCAGAAGUCCUCAUCUGAAGCACUGGCCCGUCACGACGGCUACUGUCGGCUCUGAUAUUUGGAGAAACCAGCUCAUCAGCAGGUGCAGGGAUGGACUCCCACAGUCAGGUUCUGGAACGUUUACGGACAGCCUUCAGGUCAGGCAUCACUUUGCCGCUGGAGUUUCGUCGAACUCAGCUCACCAAGCUGCUGGCCCUGGUCGAAGACAACGAGGAGCAGAUUGUAAAAGCGCUACACCAAGACUUAGCAAAGCCAAAAUUUGAGAGCAUCCUCUCCGAGGUGGAAAUAGUGACCAAUGAACUGCAUCAUGCCAUCUCCAACGUGGCGACCUGGAUUCAGCCGGAGUAUGUGUCCAAAAACCUGGCUACAAAACUAGAUGACUGUUUUGUGCGGCGGGAACCGUUGGGAGUUGUGCUCAUCAUUGGACCCUGGAACUACCCCUUGCAACUCCUCAUUUUACCACUAGUUGGAGCCAUUGCUGCAGGAAACUGUGCAGUCAUCAAGCCUUCAGAGAUCAGCUCGGCCACAGACUGCCUGGUGGCUGAGCUCAUUCCUAAGUACCUGUCUCAGGACUGCUAUGCGGUUGUUCGUGGGGGAGCAGAGGAGACCAAGGCUCUGCUGCAGAACCGAUUUGACCACAUCUUCUACACAGGCUCCCAAGCGGUGGCUCGCAGCGUGGUCCAGGCCGCCUCUGUUCACCUGACACCCGUAACGUUGGAGCUGGGCGGUAAGUGUCCCUGCCUCAUAUACGGCCAGAUAAACAUCCAAGCCGUAGCCCACCGCGUGGUCUGGGCCAAGUACUUCAAUGCAGGCCAGAGCUGUGUGGCUCCAGACUACGUGCUGUGCACCAAGGCUACCCGGGACGCCCUGGUGCCCGCCCUGACCACCGUGCUGGAGGAGUUCUAUGGGAAGGAGCCGCAGAAGAGUCCGGAUCUGUCCCGCAUCGUGUCCGCUCGCCACUUCACUCGCCUCAUGAAGCUGCUGGAGAAGACCAAGGGCAAGGUCGUUAUUGGAGGACAGAGUGACGAGAAGGAUAAAUACAUAGCGCCCACGGUGCUGGUGGAUGUAGAGGAAGACGAUGCCCUGAUGGGGGAGGAGAUCUUCGGCCCCAUCCUGCCCAUCCUGACUGUGGAGGAGCUGGAGAAGAGCAUUGAGUUGGUGAAUCGUAAGGAGAAGCCGCUGGCGCUCUACGUGUUCUCUAAUGAAUCCUCUGUGGUGAAGACGACGAUGGAAAAGACCAGCAGUGGAGGCUUCUGCUCCAACGACGGCAUCAUUCACAUGGCCCUGCCUGGGCUGCCCUUUGGGGGCGUAGGGGCCAGCGGCUGGGGCUCCUACCACGGCCGCUGGGGCUUCGAGACGUUCAGCCACCGGCGCGCCUGCAUGCUGCGCGGCUGGGCUCUGGAGAGGCUCAACGGCCUGCGCUACCCGCCUUACAGUGAAGACAAGCUGAAGUGGCUGCGCUGGACCACGUCUGCACGCAGCAACUGCUCUCUCAUGUGACGCGCCUCUCAAAGGCAGCCUGGCAAAGAUGGAUGUGAGAACUUAAGACAAAUAGAAACUUUUUACACUGAAACAGCUUAGGAGGAAAAUAAAGUGGGGUUUUUUGCAACAUUUUGGAAGGUUGUGGGUGUAUUUGUAUAAAUUAAUAUCACUUCUUUUAAAGAUUUUAAGUUUUCUACAUUUUACUGCCUAUAUUUUUAAGAUUAAUUUUUUUUUGCUUAGAUCCUUUCUUUGAAAAUGCUGCUACACUGGUAUCAUUUAUAGCAUUGUCUUCGUGAAACUGUAAGCAUUUGUCCCUUUAGUCAGAAUAACGUAAAUAAAAUUUUUUUUUUUUCCUUUUUA